AUGUUCUACAUGCAUCUACUCGUCAACAAGCGCGGGCCGUUGGCCAAAAUAUGGCUUGCUGCCCACUGGGAGAAGAAGCUCACCAAAGCUCAUAUAUUUGAGUGCAAUUUAGAGACCACCGUUGAAAAGAUCAUCUCGCCAAAGUUUACAAUAGCUCUGCGGACCUCUGGGCACUUACUCCUAGGAGUGGUGCGGAUUUACCACCGGAAAGCAAAGUACCUCUUGGCAGACUGUAGUGAAGCUUUGACAAAAAUGAAGACAGCUUUUCGCCCAGGACUUGUUGACCUUCCAGAAGAGACCUUGGAGGCUGCUUAUCAGUCCAUCACACUACCUGAAGAAUUUCAUGAUUUUGAAACACCACUACCUGAUUUAAAUGCCAUUGAUGUCGCUGAACAUUUUACCUUGAAUCAGAGCAGAGCUGAAGACAUCACACUUACAGAGGAUUACGAAAGCAAUAUACUUCUCUGUGAUAGAAACUUUGACGAGGAAGCAGAGGGGCCGGGGAAGCAGAGCUGCUUUGACAGCAGCAUCUUGAUGAGCAGCAACUGCCUCGUGGCUGAUCACAACUCUGCGAGCGCCAGCGGAGACAAGCCUGCGCUGCACGAAGAUACGUACAGCUUUGAGCAUGACUGGUUUGGAGACGAGGAGGAUGCUGCAGACAUGAUUGAAAUCCUGCUGAGGGACGAGCAAAAUGGCCUAGAUAAAGACAUUCGUGACACGGAGGAAGAACCUGGUCCUUUGUCACAAGAUCUGCCGGAGAACAGCACAGCCGUUGAGUCCAGCUGCGCGGACGCCACCAUGAGGCAAGCCCAUCAUCCGAUGAACGAAACAACGCUGCUGUCCAGAGAAGAGGAAGGAUUUGUGCUGGAGCCGGUUGACGAUUCAGCUGUCACCCAGAGGAAAAAAAAGAAAAGGAAGAGGAAGCUGCUUGUGGACGCAGUCAAGGAGCUGAGCUGCAACACUAUCUACAACCAGCUCAACCGCUGCACGGACACCCUGGCGACGUUAGACCUCGCGCCCCCGACGAAGAAAACAAUGAUGUGGAAGGAAUCGGGAGGGGUGGAUAAACUGCUGUCCCAGGCGACGCAGCCUGUGGUUCCCGCGGAGCUGCAAACGUUGUUUGCGAAAUGCUUCAAGAGUCACGGAUUUAAGAUGAGAAGAAACGAAACACAGAGGGAAAUGGAAGAAACAAGAAAAGAGCGAGAUACCACAGAGAUGCUGGGAGUAGAAGAACUAAGUUACCUGCAGGAGUCAGCUCAUUCAGAGACUGAGAGAAAGAUUGGAAAAGAUUUGUUUAUGUUGACAUCGCAGAAUAACAGAAAUGAAACGCAUGAUAACUGUGGUGAAACUAUGCAGGACGGACCGGCUUUCCCCGAGAGCUCCCCGCUGGCCAGCCGCUCCCCGCACCAAGCAGCUGCACCACAGCGCAAUGAGCUGACGAACGAGCUACCGAGGAGCGGGAAAGAGAGUGAAGAAAUACGGUGGAGUGAAAGGACUCUUCAGUUACUAAAAACUCUGCAGCACCUGAGGAGAGCAGGCGUGCGCUCGUUCAGCUUUUGGGAGCUCUGUCAGACAAACAGCCGGAAAGAAGCCGCGGCCAAGUUCUACAUCGUGCUGGUUCUGAAGCAGCAGUCGGUGAUCGAGCUGGCUCAGGGCGCUCCCUUCGCCGACAUCACCGCCACCAUCGGCCCAAUUUGCGUCAAACCUGCGGCGCAGGAGGUGGUCGUGUGUGCGCGGCGCCCCGGGGUGUCACAGCGCUGGCGUGUGCCGACCUCUUUUAACAUGAAACCAAUAAAAAUCGCAAGAAAGCGUUUUCUCCGCUCGCUGGCGUUUGUUGUGGAGGAUCAAAACCAGCAGCCGCCUAAGCCGUCCCGGGGGUUCGCCUUCUCAGAGGCAGUGGUUUUGGUGAUUUUCUUACCAUCUGAAAGCACAGGAAUAUUUGAUAAAAUAAGCAAGAAGCCGCCUUUGCUGCCUUUCUCCGAGGGUUCCCGGGAGGGAGAGGCCUCCAGUGCCCACCUCGGCCCUGGUCACCAGCGCAGAGCUGAAGCCGAAGCCCCCCUGCUUGCCACGUGGGCUACG